AUGGAUCCGCAAACCGUCUUCAACAGCCUGGACGGCGAGGCUCUCGUUGUCCCCCAGUUCGGUUCGCUGGAUAUUACGACAGAGCUUGGCAAGAUGCUGGUUAGGCACAACGAGAUUGCCGUAAUCCCGCGCGGCAUCAGAUAUCGUGUGGCGCUACCUAAUGGAAAGCCGUGCCGGGGGUACAUCUGCGAGCUCUACCAGGGCUAUUUCCGUCUGCCCGAACUCGGUAUUAUCGGGACGACUGGCUUGGCGAAUUCCUAUGACUUUCAGAUACCAAAGGCUUCAUUCGAGGGCCGCAUUGAAAAGCGGCCGAACGGUGAUCAAAUCGCCGUCGCCAGCGAGACUUCGGUAUGGAACAUUGUAUCUCGCCUGAAUACAAAACUGUGGCGCUGUUCACAGCCUACGAGCCCUUUCAAUGUCGUCGGCUGGCAGGGCACACUCUAUCCUUACAAGUACGAUUUGGCGCGCGUAGAUGGCAUCGCAAACAUCCGCUACGGCCACGCCGAUCCCUCCGUGUUUGUUGUUCUGACGGCUCCUUCGUUUGGCAAAGCCCCCGGCACUGCGGUGAUUGACUUUGCCUGCGUCGGCCCCCGAUGGCAGGUUGCCGAAGGCACGUACCCGUUGCCUUUGUUUCACCGUAACACGAUGCAGGAGUUUGUUCUCGGCAUCAUUGAUGACCAGCGCCUCGAUACUCCGCUCAACGAUCCCAAAGCCGACUUUAGCCCUUUUGCGGCCUUUCUCAACGGGACAAUGGUGACGCAUGGGCCUGACGAGAAGCAUUACCAGGCCAUGAAGGCAUCGGACACUACUGAGCCGGUCAUGGUACAGAAUCAAGGCCUCACUUUCGGCCUGUUUGAGUUUGAGUGCCCCCUUUAUUUGACGGAUUGGGCCAUGGAGGCGGCGAAGCAGAACUCCAAGCGCCAGUUUUCAGGUCAAUUCGCUGAGACUAAGUAG